AUUUGUUAAUUUUGGUAAAUAUUUACUUGAUUUCACUCAUUGAUAUUGUAUUGAUUACACAGUUUGAACAUAUGUAUUUAAAUUUUAAAUGUUAAAAAUUGUAUUCACCUCAUAUAAAAUCAAGGAUUUUUAGUUGACAUAAAGAGUUAUGGGAGCAGUAAAUUAUGGAUUCAUUUUUUUUUUGCUAUCAAAGAUUCUAAAUGUUAAGUGCUUACCAAACAAUCCUCCAAAUUCAAUACCGUUUCACGGACAAAAUGUACCUGCAGCGCCUAACUCUUGGACUGGUCAACCAGCCCAAACAGUUCUUCAAGGAAUGACAAAUAUUUUCGAUGCAAUGAAUCCAAACCCAUCACAUAAUCCAUAUGUGAAUAAUGAUGAUAAUCAACAAAACAUUAAAUAUGAUCAACAAUAUUCUACGCCGCAACCGUAUAAUUCACCACAUUAUAACAACUAUAAUCAACAAUAUUUUAUGUCACAGCCGUAUAAUGCACAACCUCAUAACUAUAAACAACAAUCUCCUGUGUCCCAACCCUAUAAUGCACCACUUUAUAACUAUGAGCAACAACAUCCUGAGCCCUCAACGUAUAAUGCACCACAGGUUAUUCAAAAAAAUCAAAACCAACACUCUAAAGAACCACAGUUAUACAAUUUACAUCCACCAUCACAGAGUAGUGGACCAACAAAUUCUCAGUCUUUCGGAAUACUUGGACCUUCGCUCAAAGAAUACCAAGAACAAUUGCCGUCAAGUAUAAAUCAACCAAUAGAAAUAUUACCAGCUUUUGGUCAACCUAUAAAUAACGCUAAAAACCAAGAAAACAUACAGCAAUCUUCUACCCAAAUUCCUCCUAUCCCAAAUCAAUCGCAAUUGUCUCAAAUGGCAUCAAACUUAUCGAAUCCAAUAGUCAAAGAAUCUUCAAAAUCUAACGGAUAUAAUAUUGAUAUUAAAGAAGCAGAAUCACCAGAUUUUGGCAAACCUAAUAUUAAUGCUAAAAACCAAAAUAUUAUUCAACAAUCUUCUCCACCGAUUCCUCCUAUCCCAAAUCAAUCACCAUUGUCUCAAAUGGCAUCAAACUUAUCGAAUCCAAUAGUCAAAGAGUCUUCAAAAUCUAACGGAUAUAAUAUUGAUAUUAGUGAAGCAGAAUCACCAGAUUUUGGCAAACCUAAUAUUAACGCUAAAAACCAAAAUAUUAUUCAACAAUCUUCUCCACCGAUACCUCCUAUCCCAAAUCAAUCACAAUUGUCUCAAAUGACAACAAACUUAUCGAAACCAAUAGUCAAAGAAUCUUUCACUCCUAAUGGAUAUAAUAUUGAGAUCAAAGAAGAAGCACCAGAUUUUGGCCAACCUAUAAAUAACGCUAAAAACCAAGAAAACGUACAGCAAUCUCCUCCCCCAAUUUCUUCUCUCCCAAAUCAAUUCCAACUUUCAAAACCAAUAGUUAAAGAAUCUUUCACUCCUAAUGGAUAUGAUAUUGAGAACAAAAAAGAAGCACCAGAUUUUGGCCAACCUACAAAUAACGGUAAUUACCCAGAAAACAUACAGCAAUCUCCUCCCCCAAUUUCUUCUCUCCCAAAUCAAUUCCAACUCUCAAAACCAAUGGCUAAAGAAUCUUUUACUCCUAAUGAAUAUGAUAUUGAGAUCAAAGAAGAAGCACCAGAUUUUGGCCAACCUAUAAAUAACGCUAAAAACCAAGAAAACGUACAGCAAUCUCCUCCCCCAAUUUCUUCUAUCCUAAAUCAUUUCCAACUCUCAAAACCAAUAGCUAAAGAAUCUUUCACUCCUAAUGGAUAUGAUAUUGAGAACAAAAAAGAAGCACCAGAUUUUGACCAACCUAUAAAUAACGGUAAUUACCCAGAAAACAUACAGCAAUCUCCUCCCCCAAUUUCUUCUCUCCCAAAUCAAUUCCAACUCUCAAAACCAAUGGCUAAAGAAUCUUUUACUCCUAAUGAAUAUGAUAUUGAGAACAAAAAAGAAGCACCAGAUUUUGGCCAACCUACAAAUAACGGUAAUUACCCAGAAAACAUACAGCAAUCUCCUCCCCCAAUUUCUUCUCUCCCAAAUCAAUUCCAACUCUCAAAACCAAUGGCUAAAGAAUCUUUUACUCCUAAUGAAUAUGAUAUUGAGAUCAAAGAAGAAGCACCAGAUUUUGGCCAACCUAUAAAUAACGCUAAAAACCAAGAAAACGUACAGCAAUCUCCUCCCCCAAUUUCUUCUCUCCCAAAUCAAUUCCAACUCUCAAAACCAAUGGCUAAAGAAUCUUUUACUCCUAAUGAAUAUGAUAUUGAGAACAAAAAAGAAGCACCAGAUUUUGGCCAACCUACAAAUAACGGUAAUUACCCAGAAAACAUACAGCAAUCUCCUCCCCCAAUUUCUUCUCUCCCAAAUCAAUUCCAACUCUCAAAACCAAUGGCUAAAGAAUCUUUUACUCCUAAUGAAUAUGAUAUUGAGAUCAAAGAAGAAGCACCAGAUUUUGGCCAACCUAUAAAUAACGCUAAAAACCAAGAAAACGUACAGCAAUCUCCUCCCCCAAUUUCUUCUAUCCUAAAUCAUUUCCAACUCUCAAAACCAAUAGCUAAAGAAUCUUUCACUCCUAAUGGAUAUGAUAUUGAGAACAAAAAAGAAGCACCAGAUUUUGGCCAACCUAUAAAUAACGGUAAUUACCCAGAAAACAUACAGCAAUCUCUUCCCCCAAUUUCUUCUCUCCCAAAUCAAUUCCAACUCUCAAAACCAAUGGCUAAAGAAUCUUUUACUCCUAAUGAAUAUGAUAUUGAGAACAAAAAAGAAGCACCAGAUUUUGGCCAACCUAUAAAUAACGGUAAUUACCCAGAAAACAUACAGCAAUCUCCUCCCCCAAUUUCUUCUCUCCCAAAUCAAUUCCAACUCUCAAAACCAAUGGCUAAAGAAUCUUUUACUCCUAAUGAAUAUGAUAUUGAGAACAAAAAAGAAGCACCAGAUUUUGGCCAACCUAUAAAUAACGGUAAUUACCCAGAAAACAUACAGCAAUCUCCUCCCCCAAUUUCUUCUCUCCCAAAUCAAUUCCAACUCUCAAAACCAAUGGCUAAAGAAUCUUUUACUCCUAAUGAAUAUGAUAUUGAGAACAAAAAAGAAGCACCAGAUUUUGGCCAACCUAUAAAUAACGGUAAUUACCCAGAAAACAUACAGCAAUCUCCUCCCCCAAUUUCUUCUCUCCCAAAUCAAUUCCAACUCUCAAAACCAAUGGCUAAAGAAUCUUUUACUCCUAAUGAAUAUGAUAUUGAGAUCAAAGAAGAAGCACCAGAUUUUGGCCAACCUAUAAAUAACGGUAAAAACCAAGAAAACGUACAGCAAUCUUCUCCCCCAAAUGAAUAUGAUACUGAGAUUAAAGGAGUAGUGCCAGAUUUUGACCCAGUUAUAUAUAACGCUGAAAAUCAAGGAAACAAACCAUCGUCUGCUCCUGAUUUUCCUCCUAAUCAAUCAAAAAUAUCUCCAAUACCAUCACAAUCAUCUUCGAAAUUAACGCCUAAUGAAAAUACUAUGCAGAUUAAAAAUGACAAUAUGUCAUUGAAUUCUCUUUUAGGUCUUCCAGAUGGUCAAUCAGAACCACUUAUUAAUGAUUUCGCGCAAAAUGAAGAUGUUUUAAUAGAUAAUUCUCAAACAGAUAUACAAUUAUUUUUAAAUUCAGAAAAUAAUCAAGAUGAUUUUCAAUUAGUAGUCAAUGAUAUGCCGCCACAAUUGCCAAUGAACGUGCAAGCAGCAAAUGCGAUUAUUGAUUCACAAUCAAACGAUUUAAUAAGUAAUAUGGAUUUAAAUAAUGAUACUGAAAAUCUACAAAAUACAUCGAACGAAGAUUCAUCAUCUGAAAAUGUUGAAGAUACUGAAUUAAAUGAAGAAUCAAAAUUAAAAAAAGCAAUGUCUGAGUCACUAGUUGUUGCGUUAGAUGAUACCGAUACAGAAAAUGAUGAACUAUAUACAUUAGGAAAUUUGGUAUUUGACGUACCACCAUCAGAAUUGGAUAGACUAUCCAAUUACGAUACUUCGUUUAUUGUAGACACAGAAAAUCCAAAAAACGUGAAAGAAGAUAACGCUAAAAUAACCGUCUACGCCAAUCCUAAUGAUGUUCAUAUACUUCAACUAUCUCCUAAACAGUCAUCAACCAAUGAUAAUAGUUAUCUAAUUAAUAAUAAUUUAUUAAAUACUCCAUCAACAGAAAUGCCAUUAUGGUAUUCCUCAUUUCCAAAUGGUGCUGAUUACGUUCAACAUUUUAAUUCAAAUACUAAUAAACAAAAAUCUAAUUCAUUUUUCAAUUUUAAUCAAAAUCCGGCUUAUAAUCAAAUUCCAAUGAACCUAGAAAAUAGUAAUUAUUUUAAUCAACAAGCUGCCGUUGAUCAAAAUCAGAUGACAUCUAAAAUACAAUCACCUGGUUUGUCACUAGAUGAUAAUCAACCAAGUUCUAUGGACAGCAGUGGAUCUAUUUACAAGAAAGUAGACUUAAAGAACCUUACUCCAAAUAGUUCUAAUUCGUGGUCUUUAUUAAAAAAAGAUUACACAAAAAAUCUACAGCCAAACCAAAACGACAGGUAUACAAGUGGUGAUGGUACAACACGCACAAGCUUUUUUGGAACACCAUUGUCGUCUUACCAAAAUAGUAAUCAGGAAAUAUUAAACUUACCUUCAAACGAUAUGUUUGUACAAAAUAUGAUAUCUGUAAUUUCAAAUUCGGUUCAAGCACCGUUAGACGGUACUAAAGCAAUAUUUGACAUCACAAGUGCAAAUUUUCCACGUUCUUCAGUGAGUCAUAUAAUUCGUUUAACACACGCUAUCGUACGAUCUGUGAUGCUAAAUCUUCGGCAGACUUUAAAUACAUUCAUGAAAAUUUUAUAUGGUCAUCGAGUUAAGCGAGAUUUCAAUCCUUUUGAGGUCUUACAUAAUUUACCGGGUGCUCUAGUUAACAAAUAUUCUCUCCAAUCUACUGCUGCGCCGACGACGAAAUAUAUAAAUUCGCCGUACUAUAAUCAACCGACUAUACGGCAGGCCAACAAACGACAGCAGAUUAUUCUAUGAGUCAAUCUGUAACCAAAAAUAUGUUAGGACAACAACAGGCGUACGGUAACGAAAUCGACAGGAAUUACUACGGAUCGCAAAAUAAUAACAUUGGAGUCGUACCGCAACCAGCGAGCACUCAAAAUUAUGUUUUAAAUUCUUUGAUGGAUGCGAUCACCUCUGCAGUACGUUCAAAUGUACCUGCUCCGUACUCAAUCGACAGCCCCGAAGUAAAACAAUACACCCAGCAAGUGAUCUUAACUGCUGAAAUAGUUUUUAAAAAUCAGAUUGAUAACAUUCUUCAUGGACAGUCGCCAACGUUGAAUAUGUACUAAAAAAUAAUAAACCAAUAUAAUUAGUUUUUUUUAAUACUUUUUAUUUAUUUUACAAUUAAACAUUUACAUAAACAAUAUGAUGUAUAAUUUAAAAAAAUGUAUAAUUAUUUAGUAAUGUAAGGCACAAGUGUAAGGCACUUUUGUUUGUAUACACAAUUACCAAUUAGCCUAAUAUAAAGUAUAGUUGGUACAAUUAGUGCAAAAUAGAUAUGUGAUAUUUGUGAUAUGAGGACAAUUACAAAACUUAAACAUAACAAAAUUAUUUAUUAAUCAAAAUAAUGUAUGAUAUAAAAAUUGCCGCAGUUUAUAUAAAUGUAUUAAAUAAUAAAAUAUUACUAAUACACAAUUUUAUAAAAGUAAAAACAAAUAUGCAGAGAUUGUAUACUGUACAUUCUAAGUUGCAUAAGAAUAAUUUAAAAUUUGAUUUGGGAAAAUUAGAAUACCUAAGUUAAUGUCAUUAUUUAAUUUAAUAUAAAAAUAAUAGAGUAUAUGAGUAUACAUAGACUAGUAAAGGACAAAUGAACUAAUAAAAAUAAAUAUUUUUAGGAACACAAA